CCACGUUCCAUAGAACCUAAAGCUACAACGAAAGGAGCGUACAAGUAUGCGGUGGAUUGGAUUGGGAAUGGGAUGGUCUUAAAUUCCGGAAACAAAUGGCUGAGAAGUCGAAAAUUACUAUCUCCUGUUUUCCAUUUCGACAAUUUAUAUAAAUUUCUAAAAGUAGAAAACAAAUGCGUCGACAUGUUCAUAGUGAGGGAGUUUUUAUUUUAUGCCGAAAGGGGCAAGAGCGUUGAAAUGAUGUCGAACCUCUCCUCUCUCACCCUCGACAUCAUACUCAGGUGCGCGUGUUCUUAUGAAAACAACAUUCAAGAAAUAGGCACUCCGUGGCAGCAUUUGGAUAUCUUAUACAAAUUAUCGGCUGAUUAUAAGAAGUUCCAACGACUCGUCAAAUACCAACAUUUUGAUUUCAUUUACAACUUAUCAUCUGACUCACAACAAUUCACGAAACUUUCAAAAUAUAUAAACGGCAUCUCUGACAAACUAAUCCAAAAGAGAAAAGUUUGUAUUCAAAAAUUUGAAGAGCAUAAACUAUUAGAUGAAAGCAGCGCCGAUAUGAACGACAUCUUGAAUGUUUUGCUGAGAGCUCGAGAUGAAGAUGGUAACGGUUUAUCAGAUGAAGAGGUGAGGUCGGAACUAAACACCCUACUCUUUGCGGGCCACGACACAACGGCAGUUUCAAUAUCAUGGGCCUUGUACAAUCUGACCAAACAUUCUGAGUUCCAGAGACAAUGCCAGGAAGAAAUUGACGACGUGUUUCAUGGCAGAACCACCGAUGACUUCAGCCACGAUGAUUUUCUGAAAUUCUUCUACCUGACAUGCUACAUUAAAGAAUCAAUGCGUCUCUACAGCACGGUGCCUGCACUCGAAAGAGAACUAACCAAACCACUGACCAUCGAUGGAAGAGAGUGUCCAGUUGGCUCAAUUAUUAAUCCAAUCAUUUACAGCUUGCACCGCAAUGAAGCCGUCUGGCCAAAUAGUGAGAAAUUUGAUCCUGAGAGAUUCUUUCCACAGAAUGUUGAAAAACAUGACCCCUUCGCAUUCGUGCCAUUUUCCGCAGGACCACGAAAUUGCAUCGGGCAGCAUUUCGCCAUGAACGAGAUGAAAAUAAUCAUGGCCAAAAUCUUACACAGGUAA